AUGGAAAACAUGUCCACCCAAUCUAUUCUCCCCGUCGGCGGCUGGAAGUCGCUGAAGGUCAGGGUGAUCGGAAAGCCAGCCGUCGUCGCAAGCGGCUCUCGCCUCGAUCUAUUCUACCAAGCGCCCGACAUGAGAAUCUACCGCAAGUACAGGGUCAACGGAACCUGGGACUCGAGUUCCCCGCAACCCGUAAGCGACGCCGCCGUCGCCGGCUUCUCCGUCGUCUCCUGGGGACCCGGGCGGUUUGACGUCUUCGCGCGGUCGCCGACAGACAACCGUAUCCGGCAUUACUGGAAAGCCGCGUCGGACGCGCCCGACGAGAAGUUCAGAGCCGAACCGCUGCCCGGAGGCGGAGUCGCAGACUCGCAGCCGUGCGCCGUAACCUGGGGCCCCAGCCGCCUUGAUGUAUUUGCCAGGUUCAACGACGGCAACGUCUACCACACGCACAAGGAGGGCAGUGCUGACUGGCAGCCGUGGAGCAACGUCGGAGGGACGAUUCUCGGUCUGCCCUGCCCGGUGUCAUGGGGCCCGGGGCGGAUCGACCUCGCCGUCUGCGGAACAGACCACGCCAUCUACCACAAGUCCAAGGACGGCGACUCCGGCGCCUGGCAGCCGUCGCAGACCGGCUGGGGCAGGAUCACCGACGUAGGAGUAACGGCUCCUAGCAGCAGCCCCGUGGAAGUAAGCUGGGGACAGGGCCGACUGGACCUGUUCAUCCACGGAGCCAACGCCCUACGAGCCGUCUAUCACAAGGCGCAUGUGCCCGGCCAGGGCUGGGAGCCUUCCGUGACGGCGCUGGAGGCGGCCGCUCUUGGGGGCCAGUUCGCCGUCGACACGCUCCACGUGGUGGCGCCGAGUGCGGAUCGCCUGGAUAUCGUUGCGCUGGCUGACAGCGGUGAUGUUCACCACAAGGCUUGGACCGGCAGCGCCUGGUCUCCGGCGGGAGGCCCGUUUGCGAGUCUCGGCCAGCCGGACGCAGGGCCGAUUCGUGGGCCGCCGGUGCUGAGCCCACGGGGGUCGCAGGAGCUGAUGGUUUUUGCGGCUGGGCCGGGAGGGGAGCUGUGGUGCUGGAGUCAGGGGAGCCUUUGA